AGAGCGGUCGCUUCACUCCGUUUUUGCCAGGCAUCUUAGCAGGAAAGGAGGCUUCAGGAGAUUUUUAUAGCGCCCUGUUUUAACGUCUACAUCGCGAACACCCCGCCAAGCUGCAGCCAUGGGACUCAACGAUUUCCAAAAGCAGAAGAUCAAGUUCACCUUCGACUUCUUCUUGGACUAUAACAAAGACGGCUCCAUCCAAUGGGAAGAUUUCGAGGAAAUGAUUAAGAGGUACAAGGAAGUCAACAAGGGCAGCCUGUCCGACGCUGACUACAAGUCCAUGCAGGCCUCCCUGGAGGACGAGUGGAGGGACCUGAAGGGGCGCGCCGACAUCAACAAGGAUGACGUCGUCUCGUGGGAAGAGUACCUCGCCAUGUGGGAGAAGACCAUCGCCACCUGCAAGUCCGUGGCCGAUCUGCCCGCCUGGUGCCAGAACAGGAUCCCCUUCCUCUUCAAGGGCAUGGAUGUCAGCGGAGACGGCAUUGUUGACCUGGAGGAGUUCCAGAACUACUGCAAAAACUUCCAGCUGCAGUGCGCAGAUAUCCCGGCCGUCUACAGCGUUAUCACAGACGGAGGCAAGGUGCAGUUCGACCUGGCCCGCUACAGGGAGCUGUACUACCGUCUCCUGACCUCUCCCUCUGCUGAUGCCGGCAACACCCUCAUGGGACAGAAGCCUUGAACGGAUGUCUUUGUAGAUAAAUAAAAAAAAACACGUUUGUAGUUGAUAAACAGCUCAACAACUGACGUGCUGUAGACGUAAUAGCUUUUGUGUUUUUUUCUUCUUCUACAAAUUGGCUACUUUCUUGAAUCUAAGCAUCCUGGAGCGUCAGGACUUUCACAUGCAUGACGAAGGUCUUAGUUAGAUGGAGUCAACGGAAGCUCUUAGCAAGAACUAUCCAAGACCUGUCAAGUAUGUACAUACGAUUGUCUCUCGUAUCGGAUGCUUUGUGUCGAGGAUCUAGCCUGCUUAUAUUUUGUUCGAUUUAUACCGACGUACUUCUUGUCAAUUCUACCCUCGACAUGUCGACAACGUCUUUCGGAGGCUGCUAGUCGCAAAGUACAGUUCACGGUUAGCUAUGCAAAGUUGUAACCAUCGCAGUCAAGUGGCUAUUCCAGCCUGUGGCCAUAAUCCCAGUCCUACUGAGAGUGGUUUCAGGUACAGUACUAGUGGCAGCACGUGCCUCAGAAAGACCGUUGUAAUUUUUCAAUUUAGUCUGAUACACAACUGUCAGGAUCUUCUGCCCGUUCUACCUUUCCUGCGGCUUGUAAAAAUAAGCUUCUAUGUUGUUCAAGAAGUUGAGAAGACAGCUCCCCUUUUGUAACACCUGGAACCACCUUACUACCUGUGUUCACCGAGACCCUUGUGCAACCAGUUGAGAAGUAAAAGAUAUCUAUGUAACUUUCGGGUGUGAAGGCCUGCAGUGCCGGAGCACCUGUCAAUGGUUGUCAUUGGUGGGAAAUAAAGAGGAAGGCAAAUGUCA